AAACAUGGCGGACUCACGCACAGAAGAGAGUGAAAUAAUUACUGGUAAAGAAAUGGCCACUCAAAUGGAAGAACUUGUGAGUAAUGAGAAUGGCGGUGAAUGUGACAAGAAAGAAGACGUGACUAACACUCAAACAGAGGACCCUUUCAAAAAACCUGCUCUCUUUGCGGCGCCUUCGCUAGUGAGUAAACGAGGUCUAGUCGCGAGCAGCGCAGCAAGAAAGCCUGCGCAUGGCGACAAAGAACAACUACAACCAUCUACUUCUGAUAGUAGUGAGGCAUCUCCAGAUGAACAAACAAAGGAAACCACCCCUUCCACGUCGUAUAAUGACAACCCGACGUCACGGAAAGGUCCAGAGAGCGAAAAAGAGAAGACUAGUGAUGGUGCAACGACCAAACUGCAAGACCACAAAACCCCACCAAUAUUCCCUGUCAAAGGAACACCUGCUGGCAAAUUUAAACCCCACCCUCCUGUUCCAUACACCGAACCCUCUUGGGCAGGAGUGGCAGAUUUCCCAUAUUCCCUAGAAAUCCUCAAGAAUGGCACUAUAUUUGAUACGGUCCCACUCACCCAGCAGAGUUAUUUUGUGGUCGGACGUUUACCUGUGUGCGACAUAUCCCUGGAACACCCCUCAAUCUCCAGGUAUCACGCUGUCAUUCAGUACCGUGGGCUGGCAGGAGAGGAGGAGUCAGUUGGAGAGGCGAGAGGGUUCUAUGUCCAUGACUUGGGCAGCACACAUGGUACCUUCGUCAACAAGAACAAGAUACCACCGAAUACCUACAUCAGAGUACGGGUUGGGCACGUACUCAAAUUCGGGGGAAGCACUAGACUUUUCAUCAUGCAGGUAAAAAAUAUAAGAAUUGUUCCUUCAUGCAAGAAAACAUUACUUAAAAAAUAUAAGAAUUGUUCCUUCAUGCAAGAAAACAUUACUUAGCCUACCUCUGAGUGGUAUGAAUACACAGUGAACUUACUACCACAAGUAGGCUUGAUGUACUAGACCAGAAUAGACAUCCUUAAAUUUCAAACCUCUAUUACUUAUGUAGUCCUUUACCAUUGUAGUUCUGAAUAGCCCUACUCUACUGUCUCUCUGCAGGGUCCAGAGUUUGACGAAGAGGCGGAGUCAGACCUGACUGUCACAGAGCUGCGGGAGCGAGCCAGGAAGCAGCGGGAGGAACUGGAGAGGAGGAUGAUGGGAGAAGGCUCGGACGAGGAGGACAAGGAAAAGGAAGAGGGGAAAGAAAGCAGUGGCGUCAAGAGAAAGAGUUUGAACGAUGAUUCGGGCUGUUCCUGGGGAAUAGGUAAGCUUUCAGUGCUCAGCACCAGGAGAGACUGUAAUGCACGGCUCGGAAUAGUUGACUUACACCAAUUGCAAUUAACCACUGCUACCAAAUCAGAGCUCUGUAGCUUCAACCCAAGCCCUCAAUAUGUUAACUUUAACCUCUCUCGCCUUCCCAUCUAUCCAUAUAUAUAUAUAUACAUGUGUAGCUGAUGAGACAGUCCCUGAAGAGGAUGAGAAUGAGGAGAACCCCUUCUCCACAGAGUUCCAGGAGGACCAAGAGGCUGCUUACCUGAAGGACCCCAAGAAAGCACUGCAGGGCUUCUUUGACAGAGAAGGUCAGACCUUUGGAGAAAGACAUUCACUAGUACCAUAAUCAUGUUUCCUGUUGGUGUGUUUGACGGCGUCUCGCUAUCUGUCUUUUAUUUCAGGGGAAGAGCUGGAGUUUGAGUAUGAAGACAAAAACCACGGUACCUGGCUCUGCAGAGUGAAGUAAGCUUUUUUUAUUUUGUCUAGGUGUAUGUAAUUGUGUGCGAUCAUGUAUUAUGUCAUGCAAAUUAUAUUGCUGUCCUUCUCAAAUUUGGGCCUGUAAGCCUGCAGCCCUGCUGGUUUUCAUUCAUCCCCACUAAUCAGGGACUGAUUCAGACCUAGCCAAUCAGUGACAUUUAUCAUUAAACUAACUACCAGGUAGAAAACAUAACCAACAGUAUGCUGGCCGCCAAGCCUGGAAUCCGAGUACAGUUGACAUACUGAAUAGAAUGUAAAACAUGUCACCUCCUUUCCACACACAGGCUCCCGGUGGACGACGCUUUGGGGAAGCAGCUGGUCGCUGAGGUGACCCACACAGGGAAGAAGAAAGAUGCGGCCAUCCAGUGUUCCCUGGAGGCGUGCCGCAUCCUGGAGGCCCGGGGCCUGCUCAGGCAGGAGGCAGGUGGGGGUCCUAGCAGAGCUGCUACAUCAGCCCACAACAGAACUGUUACUAUUUACUGUAGUCAAUGCAGCCUUCUACAUCAGCAGUAUGAGUGGUUCAGCAGCUCAUGAGGCUCUAUUUUGCUCAAAUCGCCAUUGGGAAUUAUCAUGUCAUGUGGGUUCCUAGUCAUUCGUUAAAAUAUUCCAACGUUAUAUUGAAAUGUCACAUUAUACACAGUGAACACCCUACAUAAUAGUGAACACCCUACAUUGAAGGUGAUAGCUUGCCGUUUUGGUUAUUAACAUUUUUAUUUACAAUUUAUGUUUUAUAAUAAUUCAUUAAAUUUGUAAAGUCUUUUCUCAGACACAAAAAUUACAAAUGUAAUAAAAACAAUCCAGAACACAGACAACAAUCAAAGCUAUAUACAGGUGUCGCCAGAUCCGGAGGACACAAUAACAGAAUUAGUAGAGGUUCUUGAAAGGUUUUCUGAACAGCAAGGUCUUGAGCUGUGGCUUAAAGGAGGACAGAGACUGCAGCCCUAAUUGUGUCUGGACGUGCGUCCCACAGCCGGCGGAGCCACGCAACUGAAAGCCCUGUCACCCAUAGUUUUGUCACCCAUAGUCUGCUGCGGGGCUGCUGAAGGGAUACAGACCUGGAGGAGCUAAGGGUGCGUGUGGGACAGGAGGGUAGAAUGAGGUCAGACAGGUACUUCCGUCCAGAGAUAGCUUGGUAGGUGUGAACCAGGAUUUUGUAGUUGAUGCGUGAACAUAUGGGGAGCCAGUGGAGGUUGAACAGCACUGGAGUGAUGUGCUUGCGAGGGGAGAUGUGGGUAAGGACACGUACAGUUCUGGACAUAUUGUAGCCUGUUUGGCACUUGGAAGAUCCGCCAACAAAAAGGGAGUUACAAUAGUCCAAACAGGAUUAAAUAAAAGUCCUUAGUCCCUUAAUUCCCCUUUGUUCAUUCCCUAUGUAGGCCUAACCCCUUGGUCCGCCAGACAUUGAGUCCUUACUCUGUACCAUUGAGUAUGUUUACAUGCACACUAAUAAUUUGAAUUUAAACUGAAUAAUGGCAGAAGGCAGAGUAUGGCAUUAGUCAUGUAAACACCUUACUCUGUUUAUCUUAAUCGGCGUAAGGUCAUAAUCGGAGUAAGCAUACGCCGAUUAAAACACCUGGUUUUCUGAGCAAUCUUUCAAAUUAUUAGGACAUUUAAAUCGGCAUCUGCGCAUGUGCCAGCACCGUGUAGCACAAGGCCUCCCUCUUAAAUGGGAGUCAAGUGAGUUCGGAAAAACAAAGGAGGCAUCUUUAUAAAUAGUUUUCACAUACAAACUUUAUAUGUCCAAACUCCGAAUCAAAAAGUAUUAGCAAAAAUAACAUGGUCACUGUUUAUUUUGAUUGGCGAUUUUCUGCAUUUAUCAAAAGUCCCAUCAGUAACCUGAUUUCAGUGUCCAUGUAAACAGGAUUAUUAGGGAAAUCGUUCUUCUUGCAAAGCAUGUAAACGUUUUAAACAAACUCUCUAUAUUAACCUGACUAUCCACAAUAAUCGCAUUAUUGUGUGCAUGUAAUCGUGCUCAUUGUCUAUGUAACUUCUACCGUUGUCGUACUUUAACUUUUUCAUAAUCCACUCCCUCCAGUUUCACGCAAGCGCAAGAAGAAGAACUGGGAGGACGAGGAUUUCUAUGACAGUGACGAUGACAACUUUCUGGACCGCACCGGUGCUGUGGAGAAGAAGCGACGGGAGCGCAUGAAGAGGGCGGGAAAGAUUCAGGAGCGCCCAGACACUUACGAGUCACUGGUAAAACCCAUGUCAUUAAAUACGCUUUCUCACAUUUCUACCUCAGGAAUGAAUAAAAGUAAUAUGAAGUAUCUCUCAAAAUGAAGUGUUCACCUGAGAUAGUGCACCACAUACAGCGUUGUAAUGGGAUAUCACUGAUGUUGCCAAUUCUCUGAAACACAGACGUACACUACAAAUCUCUAAAACAAAGUUUUUGUUUCAAAUAGCCUCUUUUCUGUCUAUUGGAAUGUUUUGUGCGCACAGUAUGUGAUAUGUCAGGGCAGGAAGGGUAUUAUAGCCUUUAUGGUGUGGACUAGUGACAGGGUGCUUGUUAUCUUGCUAAGGUGGCCAAACUGUUGGUGGUUGAGAAGGAGCUGGCAGAGACCGAGAAGAAGCUCAAUGCUACAGGGAAAGGUAAGUGGUGCACAGAAAAUGUAUUUUCAACCACCAGGUUCGUGUUUCUUAAUCCUGGUAAGUGGAAUCAGGUGUGUAGUGCUAGGGCAAAAACAAAAAUGUGCACCCCUUUGGUUCCCCGGGACCAGGAUUAAGAAGCACUGGUACACCUAUGUUUUUGUGUCUACUAUGUGUUGUUUCACCCAAGUGAGUGGUGUUGUCUGUGAGUGAGUCAGAGUGCUUUAUCCUCUGUGUGUUUCUGUUCACUUCUAUUUCUCCUCCCUAUCAGAUGGCUCCCACUCGUCCUCCGAGGACCCCCUGGAUGCCUUCAUGGUCGCUGUGCGCAGCGAGGCGGCGCUGGACGGAGUGGAGCGCCGGAAGCUGCAUGUGCAAGCCGCCGACCUGCGCAAGGAGGCCCAGAGACUGCGCCGGCUGGUGGAGCUCACGCGGCCAGCCCAGAUGCCUUCACUGCAGACGGGGUGAGAUAUAGGCAGCCAUCCCCUAAUAUCUGAAUCACCUAGUCGAAUGUUGGGUCUUGGUGCCUCUUUCUCACAAUGUAUCCGUUCAUCCGUUAUUCUCUCAAAUGCCUCUAGAUGAUGAUUGUAUAUUAGUAGUGCAUAUUGCUGUUCCCUCCUAGGAAUACUGCAUGUUCUUUACACAUGGUACACAUCUCUUCUUCACAGGAGUGGGUCGUCCGAAGCAGACAAGCCGAAGAAGCGGUCCCUACCGCUGUUUGGUGCCAUGAAGGGAGGCGCCAAGUUCAAACUGAAGACUGGGACCAUAGGGGUACGUUCACUUGGCAACAGAGGAGAAUAUCCGUAAUAGCUUUUCAUAAGAGGGUUUUUGCAAAUGCUGGAAAAGCCUUUACAGUUUACACUCCCUAUUUCUGCCAUUUCUUUCCGUCUCUCUAGGUCUGUCUACCUAUUUCUUUAGCUCUCGCCCUCCCUCUCUCUGCAUCUCUUACUCAACAGUUGCCUCUUCCUCCCAACCGCUCGCUAUUUUGUUUCUCGUCUCUCACUCCCUCUCAUAAUAUGCUCUCUUUCCCUCUUUCUUAGAAGUUGCCCCCAAAGCGAGCCAACCUGCCCGCAGAACUCUUCAACAUGAAAGGAGAGGAGGAAGAAGAGGACGAGGAAGAAGAGGAGGAUGACAGCAACAAAGGGAGUGAAGACGUGACUGAGGCUGACAUCCAGGCUGAGGAACCCCAACAGUCUAAUGAAAGCACUGAUUCCCCAGAGGGCUGCAGUACAGGACGCCAGAGCCAGGACCCACCUCUGUACCAACCUCCCAGAGGUAUGAUAUAAAAGUUGGAUGCUGUGUCUUGCCGUCCCUUUUUCUCACUGUGGCUACAUUCUGAUUCUCUACCCUUCUCCAGAAGUGUGCACUCGUUUACUUUCCCUCAUACAUUUAAAAGUAUUUGAUUGGUGCAAGCAUGACUGCUGGGAGUUUCCACCAUAUUCCUUACAGCAGUCCAUUCCUUUAAAUCCGUGAGGGGGUGUAGGCAUGCACAAUUGAAGGGUAGGGAAUUGGACAGUAGCCUGUGUCAAUUUUAUCCAUAUGGAGCUGUUGUUCUCCUGUAGAUGGCAGUGUUACUUUGGACAGAGCUAUACGUAUAUAUUAUACUACAUAUCUAUGUAUCUCCAAUGUUUGGCUCUGACAUUGUGGCAUCAUCAUGGAGAAGUUGUUUUCCGUAACAACAUAUCACUAUUCAGCUGUUGUCAUUCAAGUGUUUUUGUCUGUUUUUUAUAGGGAAAAAGCUGUCCCAGAAAAGCAUAGUUGUAGAGGAGCCGGAUGAAACCAUGGAAGAUGCGCCUCUCGGGCAUUUAAAGCCCUUACCAGGUACAGUAACUCACGUUUGUUUCUCUUUGCUCUUCUGUUGGUACACUGUUUUUCUCUGUCUCUUUUUUGUCAAUGGGAGAGACUGUUGCAUUUCCUUGAUUCCUCGGGUCCUCUCGCCUCCUCAAAACCCAUUGGAUGAGAAGGUCAGAGGUCCCGCCCCUCUGAUCUUCUCAUCCAAUAGGUUUUGAGGAGGCAGCGAGGCAAUGCAAUUGCGAUUCUCCCAUUGUGUGGAUGGUCUUUAGUUCUUGUCUUUUAGUUCUGGUGUUUCUCCUCCCAUCUUUCUUUAGACCCUAAAGAAGGGGGCGAGGAGGUGGCAGCGGCCAAGCCCAGUCCUAAGACGUUCUUGAAAAAGAGAACCAUCGGCCCCAGCAGAGUAAGCACUUCGAGCUCAGAGUGCACCCUCACACAUACACUCACUCAAUCAAUCACUCACUCGCACACUCACUAGCCAAUAAUGAGCCAAAACUUGAUUGAGAAUUCAUUAAUACUGUUAAUCAAGCAUGCUGGCGUUCUACACAGUCCCCCAAAUUUAAGUCCAGUGUACUUUUAGACCAACAUGAGUUAUACAAAGAAACUGGGCUGAUACUGUAAUGAACAUGAGCAGAAUUAAUUUACUAAGUAACAGCGUUGCAAUACAGACUAGGCUACUCUGUGAAUUUCCUUGUACCAUGCGAAGAUUCACCCUCUAAAUCGCUGUAUUAUAUUCAGUCUGUAUUCCAUUUACUACCUGAAUUGUACCAUGCUGAAAGAGAGCUACUUUGUAGUGUCUGCAUUUUUUUUUCUACCACUCGUUAGAGAAAUGUUGUGUCAUGCUUUUGUCUCCAGCCUCCAGCCCCCCAAUCAGGACAGUACCCUGAGGAUGACCCCGACUAUUGUGUCUGGGUGCCUCCCACAGGUAUAAAUAACUUAUUGUUGAUAUUCACUUGUUUAUUGUUCUUUCAUCUUGUGAGGUUAAUCACCUACCACCUGGCACCUUGACAUAUUGCGGCCAUGUCUUGAGAUGAACGCUAGGGUAACAAAGAGGUCAAAGACAACUCAAUUUGGCUGGGCUUUGUCUAAUAAGCCAGGCCUUUAACCUCCUCAACUGUUGGUCAUCCAUUUAACAGUAAUGUCAUUUCUGCCAAGAUUUUUGACAAGACAUAAGACCUUUUUGUCUGAACAAUCUCACAGGCUUGUAACCUUGCAGCUAGGUGACAUUUGGAGUUACAGCAAGAGUUUCUCUUACGCAAUACAAGACUAAGGAAAGGUACAUUAGAGAGCAAGAUUGUCAACCUAGUGUUGAACACACUGCACAAUGUUCCUCAAAGGACUAUUUGUGUUCUCUACCACUCCUGAGUAAGAUAAAUAAGGCUGUCCCUGACCUCUGGGAUGAAGGGAGCGAGGGAGAAAGAGAAAAGGGAAGUAAACAGACUUUAUGACCAAUUUGUGAAAAGGGAGAGUUUAGACUGCAUUUUCAUCAGUGGCCAAGGAAUACAGAUCAAUGCCACGCUGUUAAGAUAAGGUUUUAACAUUUUGCGGGGGUGGAACACUUCUAAGAGCCAUAUGGAUUCAUAGACAAAAUUCAUUGAAUUUAGCAACUAGCAAGAAACCCACAAUUUGGUUCUUGGAUCAUUGGAGGGAUAGGUUUGCGUGCGAGUACCUAAAGAGAAACGUCAUUGGCAGACACUGCGAAUAUGCGAGGAAGGUUGGCAUGGUUAGGUGGAAUAAUGUAUUUCCCCCAUAGCUGUUACACACGACUACGUAGGGUUUUGUCCUUGGAGCAGAUAGCCAGUGACUUAAUAUAGCAACAAAACAGGCCAACAUACUAAAUGUGUUUUGCGAGGCCAGUCUUAAAGCAGGCACUUCAGACUCUUUGGUCAUUGCACUGUCACUUCUUCUUUUUAAUGUACAUGUUCAGAAUAAUAUGCCUAAAACUUUGUCCUCCAUGUCUACAGAUCAGUCUGGGGAUGGCCGCACCCACCUCAACGAAAAGUAUGGUUACUGAACACAAGGCUCAAACAUUUGACUAUUUUUUCUGACGCCACCCACCUGCAGACCUAGCAGCAACACACACACAGGCCUCCAUCCCCUCAGUAUCUGUGUUCUCUGCCACUCCUGAGUAAGAGAGAUUGCAUACAACAUACCUUUUACCACAUUUGAAUGCACUUCUGGGAAAAUGGCAACAAUGUGGAGGCUGGCACUUGGAAAGCGUACAGUGUUGCCCUCUUUGUGAAAAUGACCAAAUUUGGACGUUUGGGUGGUAGCAGGUUUGUAGUUGCCUCAUGGUAACCAUUGCCUCCUUUCUCCAAGAUGACCAGGUCAUUGAAACAACUUGGUGAAUGUUUUGCAUUACAUAUCAUCGAACAGUGUGAAAAAGGACCAGUCCCAUUACAGUUAAGAUCUCAGUCCUCAGAUACUGGUUAGUAGACUAGCCAGCAGAUCCGACCCACUUGCUUUUACAGCUGCACUAGGGUCGGACAGCAUUCCUGUGUAUAUUAAGACGCCGGUGCAAGAUAUGGCUCGGAAAACUAACCUCAAUCCAGGGAUGAGAAAUGUUGGGAUAAUGGGACAAUUCGGAGUAUAACG